AUGGCUUCGACAUUACCAUCAAAGAUCCAGCGAUCUGCCAUCGUGCUGUCAUCCACCGCAGUCAGAAUCCCGGCGCGCAGUGCGGUAUCAUUCGCCUCGGCCUUGCACCGAACUAUCUCCGCACCGACAAGAGGACUGGUUACUUCUCCUCAGAACCGUGUCCUCCCCAGCCGCCAGGUGCCAUCAUGCAGUCUCCGAACCAAGUCAAGCGUGAGCAUCAAGAGUGCGCGCCAAGUGCAGAAGCGGUGGAAUAGUGAUGAUGCCAGCUCGGUCAAACUCCGGGAAUGGGGUUUCGAAGAUAUCAACGCCGCCCUCCCAACCUCAACACCCAAUUCCCCAACCCACAAGCCCAUAAUCCUCAUCGACGUGCGCGAGCCCGCCGAACUGAAAGGCACAGGCGUAAUCCCAACUGCAGUGUGUAUCCCGCUAGCAUCGCAGGGAGAUGCUUUGUACCUCACGCCGGACGAGUUCGAGACCCGGUUCGGGUUCGCGAAGCCUGAUCCCGAGGAGGGUGAGGGCGAGCCUGCGCAGAUGGUCUUCUAUUGCAAGGCUGGUGUGCGGGCUAAGGCGGCGGCGCAGAUGGCUGUGCAUGCUGGAUAUGACCCUGCUAAUAUUGGGGUUUAUAUGGGUAGUUGGUUGGAUUGGGAGAGACAUGGGGGGAAGGUUGAGAGGUGGGAUGGGGAUGAUUUUUGA